AUGGCCGUCUUUGGAAAACUCUCCGGCGAAGUCUACGACAACAUCCGACCGUAUCUGGACUUUGCUCAGGACUUUUUGCGAUAUAAAGGCAUCACCCCAGUUACUGCUGAGCUCAGGAAAACACCACUUUACCUGUUUCUUUACAACCUUGUUUCUUACAACCAACUUCUGGCGCUGGUUGCCGACGCAAGAUUGUCCCCAAAGUCCUGUGGGAGCUCCGAGGAAACCCUAUUCGCGAAUAAGUCAGAACAGACGAGGCCAGACUUUGCAGCUUUACUGAGUCGCAUUAGUGAGAACGCUCAAGACGUUUCCUCUUUCGACAUUGAUAGUUGGGAUGGAAACCUGGACUUCCUACCAAGUUUUACCACGAAAAAGAAGGUGGCAGAACUCCCGGGAAGCGCUGACACUCGCUUCCUACGAGAGUCUCUAUCACCCGCGGCUGGCCGGCAAAACCGUGCCAAUGGGGAUGAAGAAUUCAUUAUCGGAGAGAUCUACCGGACUUCGAGCCGAGUCCACUUCUUCCAGCAGCUCAGAGACCGCGAUGAGCUAUCGUAUACUACGACGACGCUGGCGUUUCCGCCCUUUAUGGCCCAGAGACAGAUCAAAAGAUUCUCAAAACUAGCCAUGAGACUUUUCCGUCUCCUUUCCGACAACUCGCAAUUCAACACUGCCAUACUGCUUCCUCUUGGAAUCAUUGCUCCCGAACUUACUUCUAAGCGAGAUCAGACUUUUGUCAUAGAAAAGUUGAAAAUGCUGGAAAGGACCCAAUGCUUUGAUGUCUUUCGGGUAUUCAGCCAGGACCUUCAAAGCGGAUGGGCUCGCGCCCGUGCUUCUCAGUCGGCUUAUCAGUCAGCCAGCUUUCCUGAGACACCCGUGAGAUUAAUUGGUUGA